AUGCCUGUUGAGUCUUUAUAUUGUAUUAAUGAGCUACAAAAAGAAUCAGACGAACGAAUAGUGUUAAAUGUUGGCGGUGUCAAAUAUGAAACAUGUCGAACGACACUGACAAAAUAUCCGGACACUAUGCUUGGGACAAUGUUUCACGAGAGGAAUAGUGAACUACUUCACCCAACAAACGGAAACGAAUACUUUAUUGAUCGUGAUGGACACAUUUUUCGAUACAUCUUACAAUUCUACAGGACCGGAAAAGUUCCAACUUCGGAUAAAGGUAAAGAGAAAGCUGGAAAAUGA